AUGUUGUGUAUACUUCCACUAGCUUUAAUCAACAAAUAUUCCCCAACAGUUUUUGUUUAUGCAGUAAUAUUUGUUUGUAGUUUGGGUCUUUUACACGGACUUGUUUUUUUGCCUUGUUUGCUUUGUAAUUUACCUAUUUGGUGUAAUUCUCAACAAAAUAAUUUUUUUGGAUUUUUCUCUAAUUUUGGAAAAUUUCAAGUUUAUGAAUUGGAUAUGACUACAAUUAAAGAGAGAAAAGAACAAGGAAUUAAUUAA